AUGAAAUAUGUAUAUUUAAGUUUGACUUACAGAGGCUUCCAAUAUGCUCAGUCUAUGCGUUUUGCCAUUGAGGAGAUUAAUAACACCACAGAGAUACUACCUGGUGUCUUUCUGGGAUAUAAAAUGUAUGAUACUUGUGCCUCCAUUGCCAGAAGUGUGAGGGUUGCUCUGGCUGUAUCAAGUGACAAUGAAGCUGUAUUUGAGAUCUCAGAGUCUUCAUGCACCAAACCUGCACAAGUGCAGGCAAUAAUAGGAGAAACAUCUUCUUCUCAGUGCAUGGCUAUAGCUACUGUUGUUGGACCAUUUCAUAUUCCACAGAUCAGCCCAUUUGCCACCUGUGCUUGUCUUAGUGAUAAAUCCAAGUACCCAUCCUUCCUCAGAACAAUACCCAGUGACUACUAUCAGAGCAGAGCUCUGGCCCAGCUGGUCAAACAUUUUGGUUGGACUUGGGUUGGUGCCAUUAGAAGCAAUAAUGAUUAUGGCAAUAAGGGCAUGGCUACAUUCACAGAAACAGCUCAGCAGCUGGGCAUCUGCCUGGAGUAUUCUGUAGCUUUCUUCAGGACAGAUCCACCAAACAAGAUACAAAAUGUGAUUGACAUCAUCAAGAUUUCCACUUCCAAGGUGAUUGUUGCUUUCCUCUCCAACGUGGAUAUGGAUGUACUAAUUUAUAAGUUGUCUCAGAACAACCUCAGUGGGUACCAGUGGGUUGGCACAGAGUCCUGGAUUGUUGAUUCUCACAAUGCUGAAAAUGAUCAUCAUCACAUUCUGGAUGGUGCCAUAGGUCUGUCCAUCCCCAAAGCACAUGUCAGAGGCAUGAAAGAGUUCAUAAUAAACGUGAAGCCACUGACUUUACAAAGUAACAAGAUGAUAAUUGAAUUCUGGGAAACAUUAUUUAAUUGUAAAUUUAAUCAGUCAAAUUCAUCACCAGAGAAUCUGAAACAAUGUACUGGACAAGAGGAUUUAGCUGGAGAGCAACAUGGCUUCACUGAUAUGUCACUUAUGCCCAUAUUCAACAAUGUUUAUAAAGGAGUGUAUGCUGUGGCCCAUGCACUUCAUAAGAUACUCGACUGCAACAAAACAUGUAACCAUAAAGUACAGCUGGAUCCAUUCACUAUUUUACAGGGUGUGAAAAACAUUAAAUUUAAAACAAAAGAAGGAGAAGAAGUUUACUUCAAUGAGGUUGGAGACCCACCAGCAAAAUAUGAAAUAAUAAACUGGGAGCCAACAGAAAAUGGUGUUGUGGCCUUUGUCACAGUUGGUCUCUAUGAUGCAUCUUUACCUGCAGACAAACAGCUGAGUCUGGAAAAUCAGACUUUAAUCUGGACACAGAAUACAACACAGGUUCCUGUGUCAGUUUGCAGUAAGAAAUGUUCCCCAGGAACUCAUAAGGUUCUCCAGAAAGGAAAGCCUGUUUGCUGCUAUGACUGUAUAAGAUGUGCAGAGGGAGAAAUAAGCUACAUUGCAGAUUCCAUCAGCUGUGUUCAAUGUCCACCUGAAUUCUGGUCAAAUGACAGAAGAGACGCAUGUAUAAAGAAGGAGGCAGAGUUUCUAUCCUAUGAAGAAAUGAUGGGAGCACUACUCACUGCAGCAUCUUUAUGUGGAACAUGCAUGACUGCUAUUGUGGCCUUCAUUUUCUUCACAUACAGGAAAACCCCUAUUGUCAGGGCCAACAACUCUGAGCUGAGCUUCCUGCUGCUCUUCUCCUUGACUCUGUGCUUCCUGUGUUCUCUGACCUUCAUGGGUCGACCCUCUGAGUGGUCCUGCAUGCUGAGACACACAGCAUUCGGCAUCACCUUUGUCCUCUGUAUGUCUUGUGUUCUAGGCAAAACUGUGGUGGUGUUAAUGGCCUUCAGAGCUUCACUUCCAGGCAGUAAUGUGAUGAAGUGGUUUGGACCAACGCAGCAGAGACUCAGUGUUCUGGUCUUCACUCUCAUACAGGUUGUAAUAUGUGUCUUGUGGUUAACGAUUUCUCCUCCUUUUCCAUUUAAAAACUUGAAGGUAGUCAAAGACAGAAUCAUCUUAGAAUGUGCUCUGGGCUCAGCUGUAGGAUUCUGGGCUGUACUUGGCUACAUAGGUUUUCUGGCUCUGCUCUGUUUCGUUCUUGCUUUUCUGGCUCGGAAACUGCCUGAUAACUUUAAUGAGGCCAAGUUUAUCACCUUUAGCAUGUUGAUAUUCUGUGCAGUGUGGCUCACUUUUAUUCCAGCUUAUGUCAGUUCUCCUGGAAAGUUCAGUGUUGCUGUGGAGAUAUUUGCUAUUCUGGCCUCUAGUUUUGGACUGUUGAUAUGUAUCUUUAUUCCAAAAUGUUACAUUCUGUUAUUGAAACCAAAGAAGAACACAAAGAAGAAUAUGAUGGGUAAAGGAGAACAGAAGACGCUGUAAAAAGUAACACCCAUUUGCAAAUCACACACACACUGCACAUACAGUAUACAGCACAUGUACAGUAUAUGUGCAUGAAUUAUAUAGUAGUAUUGCACUACUGCAAUAUUUUACCACUGUAUAUAAGCUGUGUGUCAUAUGACUUGUUAACUUUUAUAUGUGUGUUUCAGGAAACAGAUAUCAGCUCAAUGGAUAGCCUCUAAUGGUGAUAAGUAGCUUUGACUGUAAGGAAUCCUGCAUCUAUGGAGGUUGUGAUCUCCAUUUUACAUGUGUUUAGAAUGUUGAGCUAUCGGAGGACAUCAAUAUAGAACAUUACAAAUUAGAGGGUUAAAUGUAGGGUAUUUAGUCAAGUUUUAUCUAAAAUACAGAAUCGAGUGUUUAUUCGUUGUCAUGUUACUUUUUUCAUACUUUUUCCUAAAUGCUGCUUUUAUUGGCUGUAAACACUAGCAAUACACAUUGCAAUAAAACCUAAUUUUCUAAAGUGGACGAUUGUUUGGAGAUUUUAUUGACCCAUAUUCUAUGUAGUAGUCAUAGUCUAUUUUAAUAGGUUAAUGUUAUAACAUCAAGGUUAAUAAAGACAUUUUCUAUCUGCCACUCUAGUAAUUAUUAUUUU